AUGUUCAUAGCGCGCCAAGCGGCUUUCAGAGCAUCUACCAAAACUGGCGUUUAUACUGAGAUCCUCGGGUUGCUGAAUGUCAUCGCGACCAUUUUGUGCAUCACCGUCAUCUCGAAUAUCGUUUUCCGGGUCUACAUAACUGGUCUGUACCUGAUAACGGUAUUAUGCGUCGCGGUGCUCUACCAGCUGCGUGUCCGCCGGCAACGGCUGGAUGUGAUGCGGUCGCUGGACAAAGAAUGUAUAGCGGCUCCACACAUUCGGACGUUUGUCACGCUGAGCAUCUUUCAUUUGGCGGCGUCGCUCUCCGUGGCCAUCAUUCUCGCCAUUGUCGCACGGGUGUGCUCUAUCGUAUGGGAAUACAUGCACGCAUCGCCUACGCUGGAGUGGAACAUUGCCGGUCUGCUGGACGCCGUCGUUACACUAUUUCCUGGCAUAAUGGCGUACACCGGCAACUUUUAUGGGGUCGAAUGUGUAUGCAUUCUUUCCGCGGCGACGUGGACGAUCGCACUUACUGACGCCUUCUACGAGAACCUGAACCGACAACUCUCCCACAUGGACCAGAUUAUCGCAAACGGAGUGGAGGAAUUCCCAUCGCACGGUUCAAUGAGCUACAACGACGAGCUCGUGCUGGCGCGCGCAUUCUUGAAUUACUCUCGUGGAGUCAGCAUGACUCUGGACGGCGUGAGAAAUAAAUACGAGUCGAAUGGCAACGCCAUGCAUGUGUCGUUCCCAGACGAUCCGCGACGGUGCCCCAUGAUACCCUUCGCCGGUAUACCACAGGGAUCCGCAACCGGGAUUGAGGUGAAGCGCCGACGCUACCAGGUGGAUGCGGUGGUCUUCCGCAUGCUCAUAGAAUCGAGUGGGCGACUUUUUUCGUCUUACGUCGAGUCCUUCAUGGAGUGCCUCGUGGAGGCGGAGGGCCAUAUAGUCGCAUUGACCAGCAAACGCGAGAACGCAAAAGACUUGCGGAUUGAGUUGAACCGCGAUUCGGACGCGUGUGGCGCGUGCAACGGCUGGCUGGAGUUCCUGCUGGGAAGCUUCUGGGGAUUCCGUCCCAAGGUUCCACACAGGACCUACGACGCCAUCGUGCUAGCCGUUGUAUACAUGCGCGGCCUCGCCAGCUGGCUGUGCAUUGCCAAUAUGCUGGGGUACAGCGACGCACAUAUCCAACAGGUGGCCAAGGAAUUCGUUGCCCAGUGCGUCUCGCUUUCAAAAGCCGUUGGAACCGUCCGGCGCUACUCCAUGCCCACACACUUCUCCAACACGCUCGACAUAGUAACCUAUGUGAUCAACGUCUCCUUAAAACAGAUGAGUGUCUAUGCGGACGCGAUGCUCUACUCCACAUUCGACGUAGAUUUCGACACAUUCCGCCUCCUCGAGAAGAUAUACAAACCGGGGCUGAAAUCAACUGCGGAAUGA